AUGAUUCCAUCCAUCCUCGCGCUGGCAGCAGCGGUGCCAGCAGUCCUAGGCUGCGCGCAGCACGACAACUACAAGCCUCUCCCACACUUUGGCAAGCGUCAGAUCACAACCAAUCCCGGCCGAACCGAAACCGACUGGGCGUACGAAGCCUCCUACAACUGGGGACGCAUCAAUGAAACCUACCGCGAAUGCCAGGUCGGCACGCAACAAUCCCCCAUCGCGCUGAGCCUCAAUCAAGGCCUUUCUCAGCGCCACUUUCCCUCGUUCGCCGGCUACUCCAACAGCUCCGGUGAACGGAACGUAACCGGGAACUUCUACAAUUGGGGUUACGGCCCGGCCUUCACGCUGCACCACGAAGAGGACGUUUGGACGACUCUACCCAGCAUGACCUUCGACAACGAGACCGUCUACCUGCGCGGCUGGCACGUCCACGCGCCCGCCGAUCACACUGUCGGCGGUGAUCGGUCCAAGGCAGAACUCCAUUAUGUGCACGUCGAUGAGGAAGGCCACGAGGCCGCCGUGCUGGCCAUCCGUCUCGACCCGGGUAUCUCCUCCUCGCCCUUCUUCGCGCAGCUGCCGUCAAUGAUCGGGUUCAACGAGACCAUGGUCCAGGAGGGUGUGACGAUAAACCCGGCGCUCGCAAUCGACGCCGUGAAUAGCUUCCAGGAGUUCUGGACCUACAAGGGCAGCUUGACGAGCCCGCCUUGCCACGAGGGGAUCCGGUUUUUCGUCGCCAGGAAUAUCCUGUUCACGAGUGUCGAUGAGAUGCAGGCGCUGCUGGGGGCGAGCACGUACAGUGCGCGCGCAGAGCAGGAGGUGUGGCAGCAUGAGAUCAACGUGUAG